UGUGAAUUUCGGAAGAAAACGCUUGCGGCAUAAAUUAUUAUAAAUUAAAUAACUAGGGUUUUAUGGAUAACUAAAAAUGAAUGUAAAUAUUAAACAAAUAAGUUGAUCGUGACAUUGCUACAAGUGCAUACUAAUCGGUAGUGCGCAACGUAAAUACUGUUAUCGUAUGUUCGCAUAAGAGCGAAAGAAAGCUGGUUAUUGGUAUUAGGUCAAUGGUGUAUGCGUGCCGGUAACGUGAGGCUGGGUGCUGACGUCGGCACAGUACGAGACGCGGCGGGUGCGGGCCCGCGGCCAUCAGUUUGCGCCGGUUACAUCGCUCGGUUAACACGUCCCGACUAACUAACGGUCGACGAACAUCGUGAAAGUUACCUACAAAUAUACAAAGAUGGGCGGAAGAGUAGAAAAUGUCGGUAUCCUCGCUAUGGAGCUGUACUUCCCUUCACAAUACGUCGAUCAAACGGAGCUGGAAAAAUUCGACGAAGUAUCUACCGGCAAAUACACGGUCGGACUGGGCCAGCACAAAAUGGGAUUCUGUUCAGACAGAGAAGACAUAAACUCUAUCUGUAUGACAGCGUUACACAGACUUAUAGAGAAGAACAAUAUCAAUCUCCAUGAUAUAGGGAGACUGGAGGUUGGCACUGAGACAAUCAUAGAUAAAAGUAAGAGUGUGAAGACUUACCUCAUGACCUUGUUUGCUGAGGAAGGAGCCACUGAUAUUGAAGGUAUAGACACAACUAAUGCUUGUUAUGGUGGAACUGCAGCUCUGUUUAAUGCUGUGAACUGGGUGGAGUCUUCAUCGUGGGAUGGUAGGAAGGCCAUAGUGGUGGCAGGUGAUAUAGCAGUAUAUGGCAAGGGCCCGGCACGGCCCACAGGAGGUGCAGGAGCUGUGGCUAUGCUUAUAGGUCCCAAAGCACCAUUGGUGCUGGACUGUGGUGUCCGUGCUUCAUACAUGACGCACGCCUAUGACUUCUACAAGCCAGAUCUGGCCUCAGAAUUCCCAUUUGUGGAUGGGAAACUAUCAAUCCAAUGCUACCUCAGUGCUUUAGAUAAUUGUUACAAUUUGUAUUGUAAGAAGAUGAGGAAAGUUGAGCCUGACUUCAAAGGUUUGUUGAGUUUAGAUGGUAUGUUGUUCCACUGCCCAUAUAGUAAAUUAGUUCAGAAGUCUCUAGCUAGGGUUUGUUUCAAUGAUUUCCUAAAUGCAUCCCCAGAACAACGUGAAGAACAGUUCCCAGGCUUAUCUAAAUUCAGUUCUUACAAAUUGGAAGACACAUACUUUGAUAGAGAUGUUGAGAAAGCAUUCAUGACAUAUAGCCAAGCUCUCUUUGAUGAAAAAACUAAGCCUUCACUGUAUAUUGCAAAGAAUGUAGGCAACAUGUACACACCAUCAUUGUAUGGUGGGCUUGCGUCAUACCUUAUCAGUAAAUCUCCUGAACAAUUGAUUGGGAAGAAGUUUGCAUUAUUUUCUUAUGGAUCAGGUCUUGCUUCAACAAUGUACUCGAUAAACAUAUGCAAUGACAUGAGUGUGGGGUCAAAGUUGGCCAAGUUACUGAGUUCACUGAAUGAUACUGUGUCUUUAUUGAAUGAGCGACAGAAUGUGGAACCUAGCAAGUUUUCUGAUAUCAUGGAUGUAAGAACUAAGAACUACCACACUGCUCCCUACCAACCAUCAGGUUCAGUAGACAUUUUGUUUCCCGGCACAUACUACCUUGUCAACAUCGAUGAUCUUAGAAGACGUUUUUAUGAAAGAAAAGUUUGAGGCAAAUAUUUAUUUUAGAUUAAUUUUGUGUGAAUUGGUGCAGGAGGUAUUUGGUUGUUUUGUUUGAAACUGAUUAAUUGUAGAAUUAUUAGAAAUUAAGACUGUUAUCUAUCUAGUUUGCUGUUUAUGAAACAUGCGUCUCCAAGCUAAUUAACAGUGUUUAUAUAAGUGCGACCUAUUCACCUCGUAAUAAGACAUCAGCUUCAGGAAGCGAGUGUACUUUACACUGUAUAUUUGCACACAAAAUCAAUAAAUAUGAAUGGACAUUACAGUGUUAAUAUCUCUACCAUUAUUUAUGUAUUUUGAAUACAAAAUGUAGUUAUGAAUUGUGAAGGUUUGAAUUUUUAUACGGCUAUAUUUAAAUGGUGUGUGAGGGGUAUAUGAAAAAUGUUUAUAUUGUAAAGCAUGUGUUAAGUUUUUGAUGUUUUAUUCAACAUAAUUAAAUUAAUCAAUUUCAGUAAGUUAUUUUUUAUUUAUUGUAUUGGCCAAGCUCAAAUGUAAACAAAUUUAUUUUGCAUCACACCAAAGCUAAAUAGGAUUUAAUCUAUCAUGAAAAUGUUGAUGUUUUAAUAAUUUCUUAAGCAAUUAAUUAUAUUUAUAUAAGUUGGUAUUUCAUAU